AUGGCGGGAGGCAAUAAAAAGAGCAAAGUUAAACUACCCGUGUCGAAAACCAAACAGAAAAAAGUGGUAAAGAAAUGGAAAAAGGAUACAGAUGCUGCUAAAGGUGUUAAAAAGCGCGUAUCAGCGGUCGCGAGCUCCGAAAACAGUUCACCUGCACAGAAGACAACUCCUAAGCCGAUGGUGUUUGUUACACCUCAAACACAAGGAUCCUCGGAGAGUGAAAACGAUUCGGAUUCGCCUGAGCAGCCAGCAGUGCAGAAUUUGCCCCGGCUAGAACCAGUACCGACGAACAUUCCCGAUCCGCAGCUGGAACCGCGGAAAGUGAAACUUCUUAAACCGCUGAUCGGUUACAUAUACAACGGCGAGCAGCUGUCUCUAAAGCAGAGCUUCGAACAGGCAGGGAUACUGCUGGAACCGGACUACGAUGAAAAGACACACGUCUUUCGCUUCCUGGUCGACACGAAGGAGAUGUGCCGUGCUGUCGGAGAGAAGAACGAAGCGCACUCGAUAGCCAGGGAAAAGCUGGUGCAGAUCGUCCGUUACUACUGCUACAUAGUGAAGCGAGUAAAGGAGUAUCACACGCGUAGGAAAAUUUUCUACACACGACCUCCAAAGGCGGCGAUUCAGGCCCAAAAAGAUUCAAAGAAAAUUCAAGAAGAAAACAUCGGUUUCCAGAUGCUACAAAAACAGGGCUGGAAUCCGGGCACCGCGCUCGGAACCUCGACCGAAGGUAUCCUCGAGCCGAUCACAGCCAAGAAACGCAAAGGCAAAACUGGCCUUGGCUCAGAAAACGCCGAUGUUUCUGACGGAACGCCAACGGAGAAGGUGAAGAUCCCGCUAGAGGCGUUCUUUCUGUUGCUGAAGCAGUAUGCCGGUGUGAAUGCGUUGUACGACCUGGUGUUCAGUUCGCAGUUCACGAAGCCGCAGGUGGCUAAAUUGAUAAAUUUCGCCAAAUCGCUGAAGCUUCAACCACAGAUGAUUGGAAACAAGAAGAAAAAACUCGUCGUGAGCCGCCCGCUGACAAUCAAACAAAUCAAGGAAGGCGUUAUGAAGGGACAUUCGGAUCUGUGCGCAAAAUAUGUUGUGAUACCACCUGCAGCUGGUAUUCCCGCAAAAGACUUGGCGGUGUGAGCAAAACUGAUUUGUGUAUUCGGUUGAUUGAGUUAACA